AUGUAUGUAUUUGUAACUUCUUGUGGGCGAAGAAACCGUUUAAGAGUUGUUUCUACUUUCCGUCGCUCACAGGGAGUUUUGGGCGGUAAAACCCCAGACGUUAGAUCUCGCACUUACGCUCACAUUAUUCGUGAACAACAGUUGCGCGCCGAAGAGCAAGAGGUCCACCGUAAGCUUACCGACAAAGGAUGUUGUGCUCCGAAGCCGAUUGAAAACGAGAAGCCACCAAAUCAAGACGGAUCAGCAGCUAACACUUUUGACGAUGGCGACCCUGGCGAUGCUUUUAACGCGGACAUCAUCCUCGGUCAUUUGGGCAAAAUGGGAUGGUUUCAAAUCAAGUAUCUUUUUUGCAUCGGAUAUGGCCUGCUCUUUCCAACGUCGUGUAUCCUUAUUUACGUCUUUGUGGGAGGCGUGCCUGCUUACAGGUGUUUUGUUGAUGGUUGCGAUGAUCCAAUUGAUCCAGAGUACAAAGCCGAUUGGCUAAACGGAACUGCCCUCAACAGUCUUCUGGCAACUCCUCGUGCAUGGAGCUGUAACUACCAGGAUUUUGAUACCAUACCGAAUGCUACCACCCCGGAGUGUGCAUAUAAAAAUUACACGGUCAACGCCACUUGCCACAACUGGAUUUUCGACAAGUCUGUUUUUACAAGAACAAUCGUUACUGACUACCUUCUCGUGUGCGAUGAAUCAUGGAAGAUUACCUUUGGUUCGUUCAUCACAAUGCUAGGAGUUUUGCUGGGGGCUUUUCUCCUCGGGCCUUUGCCGGAUUUAAUAGGACGACGCACGUCAGUUGUUGUACUGGGGACGUGGAUGGCGGCCUUUGGCAUAGGUUCGUGUUUCGCUCCUAAUUUUGACGCGUUUGCAGGACUUCGAUUUCUUACUGGUAUGGGAGGUGUUGCUGUUUUACAAGCCCUCAUUAUUUGGGGAUUGGAAGCACAGGCUCCAGUAAUGCGAAUCAAAUUUAUUUGUCUCAUCUAUUGCUUUCAAUCCAUUGGAAAUCUUAUUAGUGGAUUACUGGCAUAUUUUAUCCGUAAUUGGAUAAUAUUGCAGCUCUGCCUUUUUGUGCCGAUGGGGACAAUGGUAGUUACAUAUUUCAUUUUGCCUGAAUCGACUCGCUGGCUAACAUUUAAGAAGAAAUAUCCUGAAGCCAAGGAAAUCUAUGAAAAUGCAGCCAAAUUAAACAAGAAAACCAUUCCUGCUUACUUACUGGUCAUUACUAAGAAAGUUACUGUUGACUUUCCGGUGGCUGUACAUGACAUGUCGGUAGAUGAUAGUUGAAGCCUCUCAGAAUUC